GACAGACGCGGACAUAUAAGCUUUGUACAAUUUACUACAAUCAACAAAAAGCAAUAUUAACAAGAUAAGCAUCGUCGACAGCUACCAAUUGCCACCAGGCGCAGUGCUACAUAAAACAAUUUUAUUCGCAGUGCGUCAUUUUGUGUGAAAAGAACAGACAGAAAUUAUAUAUAAUACAACGUUGUGCCACGAACACUCAUCGAUUUUUAGCCAAAAUAUUGAAGCUAAAUUUGAAAGAAAAAGUUGAAAUUUGUCGGUGCAAUAAAUAAGAACAACAACAACAGCAGCAACAACAACAAAGAGUUCCAUAUUAUCGUACAAGUUCUUGGGAAUCAGAAAAACUGCCGCGACCGUUGCAAAAGAUACGCUGCGAUGGCAACUUCAUCGAUAAUCGCCAAUAACACCAACAGCACUAUUAACGCGGGCUCAGCCGCUGCCGCUGCCGCCGCCGCCGCCGUCGUGGUCACAUCUACGCUGAGCACACGCAAGCGCACCUACGAAACAGCCAUUAGCAUGCCUGCCAUGGACGCCAAAGAACUGAUGACGACGACGACAACAGCACGCACAGCCACAGCCACGCCCUCAGCCAAAUCGAGUAGCCCAAUGCCCGAUGAGGCGGUAAUUGUGGACAUGAAUGGCCCACAGGCAGCCACCACAUUGCGCGACUCAACGCGCACAAUCUCACAGAGCGAUGCCGAUGAUGGCAACGAGGCGACCUCACCUGACGACACCCUGCCCUCCUGCUCCACCUCAGCGGCGGCAGACUAUCUCACUGGCAGCGCCGGCGUAAAGCGCAAGUAUAUGCCGCCCUCGGCAACAUCCCUCCUGCUGGCGCUCAACACGAAAUUACCCUCGGCGCAGCCGCCGCCCAUGCUGCUCUCCGCACCAACGCUGACGUCCGCAUCCACCUCCCACCAAGCGUCCAAUAGCAGCGGCUUUGCCGAUCUAGCGACCAUUUGCAAGCCAGCGCCGUUCUCCUGCGAUGAGGAGGCGAUUUUGGAGCGCGAACGUUGCGAUUAUACAAACCGGAUUACCUAUCAAAUGGCCCGCUCCGGGCAGACGAGUCGUCGGGUGCGCGUCUAUGCGGAUGGCAUCUAUGAUCUGUUCCAUCAGGGCCAUGCCAGGCAACUGAUGCAGGCCAAGAAUAUCUUUCCCAAUGUCUAUUUGAUUGUCGGCGUUUGCAACGAUGAGCUCACGCAUCGCAUGAAGGGACGCACCGUCAUGAACGGCUUCGAGCGCUACGAGGGCGUGCGUCAUUGUCGUUACGUGGACGAGAUUGUGCAGAAUGCCCCUUGGACGCUGUCGGACGAGUUCAUAGCCGAUAACAAAAUUGACUUUGUGGCACACGAUGACAUUCCCUAUGGCCACGACGGCCUGGAUGAUAUUUAUGGUCCGCUUAAGGCGCGCGGCAUGUUUGUGGCCACGGAACGCACCGAGGGCGUCUCCACGUCGGACAUUGUGGCACGUAUUGUUAAGGAUUAUGAUUUGUAUGUGCGUCGCAAUCUGGCACGCGGCUAUUCCGCCAAGGAGCUAAACGUAUCCUUCCUAUCCGAGAAGAAGUUCCGUUUGCAAAAUAAAAUGGAUGAGCUCAAGUCGCGUGGCAAGCGCGAAUUAACCAAAGUCAAGGGCGACAUCAUCACCAAAUGGGAGGAAAAAUCACGCGAAUUCAUUGACACAUUUCUGCUGCUCUUCGGCCGCGAGCGUCUGAAUCAUCUGUGGAACGAAUCCAAGGGCAAACUCAUACAGGCGCUCAGCCCGCCCGGCAGCCCGUCCGGCUCUGUCAACGGCGAUGAUUUGGAUAACGAUGGCAACGACUCCGACGAAUACUUGGAACUGCCCGCCGAAUAUAGCGGCGGCAGCACGAGCUCCCUGAAUGGCAGCAAACAGCGCUACUCGCUGGCACGGCCCAGCUAUCAGAGUCGUUCGGCGGCUGCCUCCUCGCCGGAUGACUACGAUGAUGAUGAUGAUGCUGUCUUCGAUGCGGAGUUUGUCGAGCGGCGCAGCAAUUGAAUUAGUUGUAGUGUGUUGCAAGCACAACCGUUUUCAUAUUUGGCUAGUUUCACUUUCUCUCUUAAAGCUAUUGUAUAUUUAUUAAAUUGUUUUUUCGUGCGAUAAUCGGAGGCAUAUCAUUUGUUGAGAAGCGGUGCGAACCUCGUCAUCGCGUCGUCGUCCUGUUGCCCACGCGUACACAAUUUUCUAGAAAUGUAUCUCUAAAUGGUAUUUUAUAAACAGUUUAGAUUUAGUUGCAACUGCACUCGCUCCUCCUACCUGUUGCCACCAAUCUGCGCUCUUUCUUAUUGAAACCUGUAGCCAAUUUUAGAUUUAAAACAAAAAGAACGGAGCCGCAGCUGCAAAAGCAAAUCCUACACGAUUUAUAAAACUAAGCACGGCAUAAAAAAUGCUGUGAAAAAACAAAAACCAACGCAAGACUCAUUUUUUGUAUUAAGCCUUAAAGAUUUUGCGUGAACAUAAACAAUAUAGAAUUAUUUAUAUUUAAUUAUUUCGCGUAAGCUAAAACCAACAUUAACACAAUAUAUACAACUACACACAUUCGCAGCAAGAAAAUUAUUUGCAAAACUCAGUUUGCAAACGAUAAAAAUGAAAAGCUUUGUUGAAUAU